CAAACAAACCAGGGAGGCGCUUGCCAUGUCAGGGAGGGGUGCCGCAGCCCUCACUCCCGUGGGUGAGUUCUCCGGCCUGUGUUGUUAUCUGGGAGGUCAGACUAGAUUAUCAUGCUCCACCACCUUUCCGCAUAGCUUGCUUGUAGCUAGCUAAGUAAUGAUUUAAAACACAGCUUCGGUCUGAUGGCUCGUUGACAUAACGUGUGAAAUCGUUGAAAUAAAUGGGAAACCCCCGGCUGACGCCACUGGAAUUUUACGAUUUACUUCAAUGGGGCCAGGAUUUCGGCCAUCACCUUCGAACAUGGCACUGAUUCAAAAUGCAUUUAGGGAAAAAAAAACCUCUCUGUGAUAUCGCUACCGUAUUCUGUAACUAAAUCCUCUUUUAAAAUAGGCAGACUCAAAGAAAGUGUACCAUGUUACCAGUUUUCUUUGCUUGCAUUCCACCAGACAGACCGGAGAGAGGCUGACUUGGCCACACUUCCGGCUUUAAAAUUAUGAAUCUGUGAGUACUCUCAUUGACCUCAAAUGAGGCGGGUGAGGUGAGGGCUGUAGGAUUGGACCCUUCAAAUGGCACGGAUGGUAAAAGCAUAAAUUUAGAAUUAUUACCAAGUGACAGAAAAUGAGGCAUAGUAUGAUGAUAGCAGGGUAAUUCAACAAGAAAAUCCAGGGUUUUCAAUUUUCCAUGAUAUGCAGUUCUUGCUAUUACAGCAAUGACUUUCACUUCUGCCACAAGACAAUAUAUAUCGGAGAUUACGUGCAUGUUAGUCAACCAGCAGAGUAAAGAUUCAAGAACAUUGGAGUCAUCAGAAUUUCUGGAGUAGAGGCCUGAAGGAAAAGAAUGGUCAUGCAGUGCUUUUAUCCAUGGAAAUACCUAAAGAGACCCCACUACUGCCCCACACACCACCAUGAAUACCUCCAAGGAGCCCAAGUCACAGGGCCCUCGCAUGAACAGUGAGGACAAGGAGGAGGUGGAAGAGGAAGAGGAGUAUGGGGGACGUGCAACCGGGGAGUCCCGCUAUGUUGCGAGCCAGGACCUGUUUGAAACUCUGUACCGCAGUCCAGUCAGUCCUAGCAGUCGAGCUUGGGCGAGCCUGAUGCAAAGGCAGAUCCUCGGCUACUGCCAUUGUGGUCUUGAGGAAUUCCCCACACACAUCCGCAGAAUGAUUGAGCCAGAUAAGGAGAAAGAAGGGGACUUGGGAUGACAUGUUCAGUGAGAUCCUGCAAGCCAAUGCUGCAUCAGACUGUGGGCAAAAGGCCUGGAGGGUGAACAUGGCAGACAGCCUGAGGAAGGAAAGUGUGGACAGGAGAAAGGUCCAGGAGUCCCAGCAUGAAAAGGAGAGGGAGAUGCACCAGGACAUAUUGGGGCUUCUCCAGCAGCAAAGGCAGAUGCUGAAGGCUCUUGUGGACCUACAGGUUCAAAAAUCACAGGCUCGACUCCCUUUGCAGCCCAUGAAAAACUCCAUUACAGCACCUCCCAACAGCCCCCUCAGCUUUCCAUGUGGCUUCACGGGCUGCUGCCCUACCCCUACCACACCUUCCAGCGGAACAUGAAGAUCAACCACCGCUUCACAUACACCGAUCUGUGAAAGCCGCAGUUGCUGUAUGUGUAGAUGCCUAGUAUUUCGGAAGAUCUUGGUUGUGAUUUGAGUUCUCAAAGCACAGAGAAUGUCUAUGAAACAGCAAAAAGUGUGGAAGUUGACGUGUUUGGAGACAUUGAAUUAAAAGUGAUCAUGAAUAUUUCAGAGACCAUUUCAUGCCUUUGGGUCUUCAAAGAGAACCAAGCUGACUGCAAACCCUCACUGGACUCAGAAAACCGAUAUGUUGUUUCACUGGUCUUUUCAAAAAUAAAAGAAACUCAAGCUGGAAAAUACAUCCUAGCAGUGCAUAGUGAAAACAAUAACUACACAAUAAUGUUUACAGUUCUCAUAAGAAGUAAACCAAGGAAGCCCUAUUUCAUAAAAAGUGAAAACUUGACUAUUAUAAACUGCAUAGCCGAAAGCUACCCUAAAUCAGAUAUUGAAUGGUUAUUUUGCAGAACACCUGAUGACAGUUGCACCAGUACAAAUCAUAAAGACAAUAAAAGAAAUGGGGAAGUAUAUGGAGUACAGGAGAUGCCACACGGAUUUUCAGCAAAUACGUUAUUUCAAACAGACAUACAGUGCUGCGCAACUAAUGAGCUGGGCAGAGAAUGCACCAAGCUGUAUACAAUAGAUCUAAAUGAAAAACUUGGAGGAUCUUUACCAGAACUCCUUCUUAAAGUUGGGGAACCAUUACUGAUAAGAUGUAGAGCUUUUUAUAAAAUCUAUAGUUUCAGAUUGAAAUGGCAUUUUGAAAACAGAGAAUUACAGCAGGGGCGCUGGUUUGAAGAAACAGACUAUCAAGAAGACUCCUCUAUGGUACGGAUUGUCUAUGCAUUUGCCUCAUCAAUGGGAAGAAGUGAUAGUGGACAUUACACUUGUUCUUCCACAGAACAUCCAAAUAAAACAACUUUGGUUACAGUCUUAGAAAAGGGAUUUAUAAAUGUAACUGACUCAAGAGAAGAUUUUGAGAUUGAUCUGUUGGAAAAGUUUUGUUUUGAAAUUAAACUGAAAGCAUACCCACCAAUUAGAUGUAUAUGGAUUUUUUCCCAAAAAUCAUUUCCUUGUGAGCAAAGAUACGAUGCAGAUGGAUACAGCAUUUCUUCAAGGUUCUGUGAUCAUAAGUAUCAGUCUGGGGAAUAUGUAUUCUACGCGGAAAAUGAUGAUACAUAUGUGAAUAAAACAAUGAUGUUGUAUGUGAAACGGAGACCUGAAGUAACAAUACUGUCAACAUCAAAAGAUAUUUCUUGCUUCUGUAAUAGUUACCCUGCACCAUCUUGGACCUGGAGGAAAUGUCUAGGAUCCGAUUCUUCUAAUUGUACAGAAGAAAUCACAGAAGGGAUUUCGAAUGACACACAUGAGAGGGAAACCUUCAGGUCCUGGCAUUCCAGCAGCAUUUUAGUUAUACAGGACACAGUGAUAGGCUUUUCUGUUGAGUGCUGUGCAAACAAUUCUGUUGGCUCAUCCUGUGCAAAGACAGACAUUAACCAACAAGGAGCUGUUUUUUCCCUGCAAGAUAAUGUUUCAUUCUAUGCAACUACUGGAUUUUGCCUUCCAUUUAUAGCUGUCUUGCUUAUAUUUAUUUUUCAUAAAUACAAAAAGCAAUUUAGAUAUGAAAGCCAAAUGCAAAUGAUACAGAUAAUUGGUCCUUCAGAUAAUGAGUACAUCUACAUUGAUUUCAGUGAAUUUGAAUAUGAUCUCAAAUGGGAGUUUCCAAGGGAAAAUCUGGAAUUUGGGCAGGCACUUGGCUCUGGUGCCUUUGGAAAAGUGGUGAAUGCUACAGCUUAUGGAAUUAGUAAAACUGGAGUUUCAGUCCAAGUUGCAGUCAAAAUGCUAAAAGAAAAAUCUGACCCUUCUGAAGAAGAUGCUCUAAUGUCAGAGCUCAAAAUGAUGACUCAUAUUGGAAGCCAUGAAAACAUUGUGAAUCUAUUAGGGGCUUGCACCAUGUCAGGACCAGUUUACUUGAUUUUUGAAUACUGUUGCUAUGGUGACCUGCUGAACUACUUAAGGAACAAAAGAGAAAUAUUUCACCGGACGUGGACAGAUAUCUUCAAACAGCACAAUUUCAGCUUUUACCACAAUUUCCACUUGGAUCAAAACUCCAGAAUGGAUGACUUUGGAGGAAUGCAACUAAGGCAAGACUCAGAUUUGACCUCUGGAUCAAACAGGAUUACAUUAUAUUCAGAGGAAGAAGAAAUUAAAUAUAUCAAUGGAAGGGUGUAUCCAGUGUAUGAAGAGGAGGACUUCAAUAUGCUCACCUUUGAAGAUCUUCUCUGCUUCUCAUAUCAAGUUGCCAAAGGAAUGGAGUUCCUUGAGUCAAAAUUGUGCAUUCACAGAGACCUGGCUGCCAGAAAUGUAUUAGUGACCUGUGGAAAAGUAGUGAAAAUAAGUGACUUUGGCCUAGCUAGAGAUAUAAUGAAUGAUUCUAACUACGUCAUCAGAGGCAACGCUCGGUUACCAGUCAAAUGGAUGGCUCCUGAAAGCUUAUUUGACAGGAUAUACACAAUUAAGAGUGAUGUCUGGUCUUAUGGAAUAUUACUGUGGGAAAUAUUCUCUCUCGGUGUGAAUCCUUAUCCUGGAAUUCAGGUUGAUUCAAACUUCUACAAACUCAUUCAAAGUGGAUUUAAAAUGGACCAGCCAUUUUAUGCUACAGAAGAAAUAUACUUUGUAAUGCAGUCCUGUUGGGCUCUGGACACUAGAAAAAGACCUUCCUUUCAACAGCUGCGUUCCCUUUUAGCACGGCAGCUGGCUGAUGCAGAAGGAGCGGUCUAUCAAAAUAUGGAGAGCAAUAUUUCUAUACACCUUUCCAAUUCCAAAACCAGACCACCUGUGAGCAGGGAAAAUGAAAGCCUUCCAUCCACUGAUCCAUCCCAGGAUGAAGAUUCUCAGUUCAAAAAAUAAUCCAGUUUCUGGACUUUACCUAGAAAUUCAUAUAAGCUCUGUAUAUGAUUAAUGUUUUAUGUCACCACUGUAAGUAAACAGAUUAUUAGCUGUUGCUAUAUUAACAUUUCUUACAGGCAAUUCCAUCAUCUCAUACCGUGAAGGGAACCUUUAUUCAAAUUCAUUAUUUUAAAUCCAGAAAAUGCAUUUACCACAAGCCAGAAGCAGUAUGCAUUUUUAAUCCAUGACUUUUUGAUGCGUCUACAACUGAAAACCUUCCAGUAACAGCUUUAUGAAAGCUGUGUUUAAUUAAGGCAUUACAUCCAAACUACCGUAUGCUGCAUUGUAAGCAAACAUGAAAAUCUUAAGGCAUUUUCAAACUUGCAUACUUUAAAGUCAGGCAUCUAAAUCCUAGCGCUCUGGUUUUUCAGAAGUGUUUCUCACACACAGCUCCCACUGAAGUUAAUGAGGACUGAGUACACAGCACCUUUGCCAAUCAGGCCACUUGAUUUAAAGAUCUAACUUUAAGCACCUGUGUUGGAAAAUGUUGGCCGUUAUUGCCAAGAACCUGAUAUGGUUUUGAGUAUUUCUGAUCAUUUGAUUUUGAUUCUUUUCAUUCCUUUACAUUUCCUGUUAGACGUACAGUUUGAGUUCUUAUACCUCUGCCAG